AUGGGUCAACGAAGAGCCGUAGCAGCAGUCAGUGUAAAGCCCAGAUGCUUCAAAUUAGAGCCUAGACAGGAAUCUACGUCUUCGACGUCUCCACCUCCAUCAUCGCCAGAUGUGAGUAGAAAUACCUCGGAAAUAACAGCCAUUAGGUUAUCCAAGAAUUGGGAGUUGCCACAACGGCUGAAGCCAGGACGUAAGCCGAAAUCCAGACGUGCAGACGUAUUAGUCGGCAAGAAUGGGUCAUCCAAGAUAAAAGAGGCCUUAACAUCCAAUCACAAAGGUCAAGCAGAUUGUAGAAACAAAGUUAUAAAGGACUGUCCGGGAAAAUCUGGUGACGAAGGAAACGCAAGUGGUGAUGAAAAUGGUGUCGAUAGCGUGGAAAAGCGAAGAAAGCAAAAUAGAGAUGCUCAGAGAGCUUACAGGGAGCGUAGAACAACAAGAAUUCAAGUUCUGGAAGAAAAGGUGGAGAUGCUACAAAACUUGGUUGACGAUUGGCAAAAGAAGUACAAACGGUUGGAAUCUGAAUUUUCCGAUACAAAAGAAAAUCUGCAUAAAUCACUAGCACUGAAUAAUAAAUUACAAAAAGCUUCGCCCCUGCUUGUCGAUGCUCAAGUCCAACAGCAGCAGCAACAACAAUUAAAAAACCGGCAUAAAAGUUCUAUUUCGAUAGUGGAAAUGAUAGAAAAUUUUAAGCCAAUGGACGCUGUCAAUUUGAAAAAAAGGAAAGCUGAAGAAACAUCGCACGUGUCUACAAUACCAGUAAAUCAGUCUUUGUCUGAGAUUGAUAUAACUAACAAUUACCAAUAUGCAAGCAAUAGGCAAUUUAGGUCAAGGAAUUCAUCUCUAGACGGCCAUAUAAAUUCACCUCUAUCUUCAUGUAGCAGCAGCAACAAUGCAUAUAUGGGCAAUGGAAGCAAAAAAGUUAGGUGCGGUGGGAAGCAAGAGACCACAAAAGCAGUGAAAUGUUAUGGUGUUGAAACUGGCAUUACGCCGCCCUUGUCCCUCGGGUGCUGUUCAUGUCAGAAAAUAGGAUCUGAGAGUGAGGAACUAGUGGCAAGAUGUUGUCUAGACAGGGAAAUUGACAGUGAAGAUAAACCAAUUACCAGAGAGGAUGGUUCGUGGGUACCUGGAAGUUGCAAACAAUGUAGAUCAGACCCCCAUAGUAAGAGUUUUUGCCAAUCACUUUCCAAUGGGCGUACUUCAAGCUCCAUCUCUUCCAACAGUGCGCUGUCAGGGGAUGCAAACGAACAACGAACUGAUCCGGAUUACAGCUUAGUCAAAUUGCCCGAGAUAAGCAGCUCCAAGAAUGCGCAGACGAACUCAACUUCGGAAAUAAAGAAAUAUCUACCGAUCAGUUACACGUAUCAAAAAAUUCGUCAACAUAUGCAAAAGAAUAAAAAUGACCAGGAACAACUCAGUAAAGAAGAUUCAUCUUCGGUCUCAAUGAUUUUGGAGAACGUUGCCACGGGAUUGCAUGUUCAUGGACAGAAAGUGGAAUUGCAAAGCAUUAAGGAUGCAUUACACAAGAUGGAUAAAAACGUUUUGGAAUGA